AAGAAGAAGAAGAAAAGAAAAGAAAAAGAGAAAUGGCUUGAACCACAAGAGCGAUGCAGCAUGCUGAAGUGUGUUACAAGCUGAUUUCAUCAGUUGACCCACAGUUCCUGAAACUCACCAAAGUGGAUGACCAAAUCUACUCUGAGUUCCAAAAAAUUUUUGAGAAACUCAAGAUAGAUGUGUUAGACCCAGAAGAACUUAAACCAGAAUCAGCAAAAGAGAAGCGGAGGCCAUUCUGCUUGAAGUUUAAAGGGAUUGUGGAAGACUUCAUCUAUGGUACUUUGCUGCAACUAGAUUGUACUCAGAGUUACACUGAGGAAAACACCAUCUUUGCUCCCAAAAUACAGUUUUUGGCCAUUGAAACAGCUCGGAACCAGGAAGGCUGUAACAAAGCAGUUUACAUCAGUGUUCAGCACAAAGGAGAGAAAGCAGGGGUCAGUGGAGGAGAGCAAGAGAAAGCUGAGAAAAAAGAAGAGAAAGGAGCCAACAGUGGAGGGAAAAAAGAGGAGGGAGUUGCCAGAGAAGGAGAAAAAGAGGAAACUGCCAAAGAAGGAGAAAAAGAGAAAGAAGCUGACAAAGAAAUCUGAAGUGGGGAAUAGCCACGUAAGGUGAACAGGGACCAGAGCUCUAGAGGCUACUCUAGCUGAGCCAAAUGCCACAGUGCUAUUUGCACAGACGCCUUUGGUUGUAAAUGUAAAUCUUUGUGCAGCUGAAAGGUGCUCAGAGAGACAUCUCUCUAGCCUAAGAGUCAGGAGCUGCUCUAGUUGUUUUAUAAACUGGCUUAAAGACUUUUAGUGAAGUUUUAGUUGACUGUUUGUGUGUUGUUUCUUGACUCUCACUGCUUCUCAAGUAAGAAAUGUUGUAAAUAAAUGUCUUCUGUUUCUUAACAAAAAAAAGCAAAGCAAAGCAUUUUUGAAUUAAAAGAAAUUUUGCAAUUAAAAUUAAGUUAAAAGAGGGGUUAGCAUUGUGACUCAGCAGGUUGAGAUGUAGCCUGCAGCACCAGUAUCCUAUAUAGGUGCUGGUUUGAGUCUCAGCUGCUCUACUUCAGAUCCAGCUCCUUGCUAAUACACCUGGGAAAGCAACAGAAGAUGGCUGAAGUA